AUGAAGAAUUAAUAAAUAGUUGUGAAAUGUAAAAAUAAGGUAGAAGAAUGUAUUUUAGGAGUUUAAUAGGAGAUGGAGGUAAGAUAUUAAAAUGAUAAUUAGUUGUCUUUCAGCAGAAUUGAUGCAUUUCUUGAUUAACUUCCUCUUGUUUCUUAUCAACCUGUUCCUCACAAAAGCGUUAAUGAUGCUCCAAAAUUAACUUAGAUCUCAUUCUCUUUAAUACAAAACUAUACCAAUUAAUUAAAUUAACAAGUGGAACCCAUUUUGAAAUCAAUUAUUCAUUAACAAUUUCAAAAUCUAGCUUAAGUUUAAUAAUCAGAUAAAUAUACAAAAGAUAAUAAUCAAUAAUUACAUCCAAUUUAAUAACACAACCAACAUUAAUCAAAUUCUAACCCAUUCACUUAUAAUUUAAUACAAAAUCAUUCAAUUAAAUAAGAGGAAGAUUGUAGAGCAAUUGCUAUUAAUAAUGAUAAUUCAAUUGUAUUAGUUACAUGUAAAAAUGAGAUCAAAGUACUUGAAUUUAAAUAAGAAUAGUUGAAACUAAUUCAACUUUUAAGUGAACAUAAAUAUUAGGUUUAUACUUUAAAUUUUAUGAAGAAAUCGACUCAAUUUAUCUCUGGGAGUGGUGAUAAAUAGAUAAUAAUAUGGUGUAUGGAUUAACACAAUUAAUGGAUCUGCUAAUACAAAUUGAAUCAACAUUAAGAUAUUAUUAAUUGUUUAAUUUUGAAUAAUAAUGAAGAUCUUAUCAUAUCAGGAAGUAAUGAUAAAACAAUUAAAUUUUGGAAAAAACAGAAUCAAUGGAUAUGCUCAUAAACUAAUACAGAUCAAACUAAUUAUGUAACGGGAUUAAGUUUGAAUGAGAAAUAGGAUAAAUUGAUAUCUUGUGGAUAUAAUAUGUUUAUAUUAAUAAUAGAAGAGUCAUAAUAGGAUUAAAAAUGGAAUGUUAUAUAAAAGAUAACAGUUGAAUAGUAUGGUUUCAGAUUAAGCUUCAUCAAUGAUAAUGUAUUCACAUUUCAACCAAUACUUAAAGAGUAUAUGCAUGUUUAUGAGAUCAAUAGUACUAAUAAAUAGUAUUCAAAGACAAAUCAAAUUGAUGUGAAAAGCGAUUCUAAUGGCUGUGACUAUUUCUUUCCUUAAUAAUAUAUCAAAUCUAAAUGUCUACUUGUGAAUAAGAAUGGAAAAAAUGUUAAUUUAAUAAGGAAAAAUCAAAAUGGUCAUUUUAUCACGUAAUAGUCUCUUCAAUUUGGGCAUAAUUAAUUAUAUGGAUCGAUGAGUGAAAAUGGACAGUAUUUGAUGACUUGGGAUCAAAAUUCUAAAGAAAUUCAAAUCAGGAAAUAUUAGUAAUUAUGA